GCAAUGUGUUUAUGGCCGACUCGCUUUUCUGCAGACACUGUGGCUCCAAGCGUGAGGAGGUGCCAGUGCAGCAAAGUGCCCCGCAGAUCAGCUCUCCAAUCCACAUGCUCACCGAAGAGGAACAGGGGCAAAUCCUUGUCGAGCGCAAGAUUGAGGCAUUUCGACAGCUGGCAGCCAAUUUAGACGCUCAGGUCAUUGACCAGAUCGUUGACGAGCACAAUCGAAGGCUUGUUGGCUCCUCAGGUGUCGGAAACGGCGCAGCCUUAGAAGCCUGUCAACAGGAGCUUGCUCAAUGCAAGGAGCUGCUUGCCUUGAAAGAGCAAGAACUCGCAGAUUGCCGGGAGGAGCUGCAGAGGCUUCGAGAAUAUUCGACUGCCUUGGAAGAGAGGGAUCAAAAGCUAUCCGCAGCAGUGCACUCAUCUGCGCCAAUGCUAGAUCAGGUCCACAGAAAAGUCUCCUUUACCCCGUCGGCUGUGCAGCCAACGAUAGCUGCUAUAAACCCAGCGGCAUCUCGUUUCGCCCAGAUGGAUACAAAUCACGAUGGUCUUAUUUCACAGGAUGAAUUUGAAAGUCAUCGUGCGGCACGCAGCAACGUCUACAUGGCAGAUACGAACAGAGGGCACUCUACGGCAGCUUCAGUAGGCAGCUCAAGCCCUGGUGGAAGGUGUAUGGUGCAGCUGCCCAGUCAGGCGACCUACAAGGCUGCCUACCUACCAUCUCACCAGGCACCAGUGAUGCCGAUGCCUGUCCAGGAUUCACUCUUUCAGCGCAUUGAUUCCAAUCAUGAUGGAGUGAUCUCAGCGGAAGAAGCAGUAGCCCAGCUGCAUUGGCACAGACUGAAAAGAGGUGGACACUCAGCGAGUUUGUCAGCCCCGUAUUCCUCAAAAAAAGGGGUUGGCUUGAAAUUUUAUCUAUACUACAAAUCUAAUGUAAUUAUACCAAUAUAUGAUAUAUGUAUACAUAUAUAUAUAUAUACAUGUAUUACAUUAGAUGUAUAUGUAUAUUCACGAAAAGCUAACUUGUGCUAG